AUGGCAACCGAAAGAAAAGACCAUGCCCGUCGCCUACUAAUCCACGGCACCGUCGUCACAGUCAAUGCUGCCCGCGAAAUCCUGCUUGAUGGCGCGGUACUCAUCCAAAACGGGUAUAUCACUUCUCUCGGAAAGACUCCAGAUCUCUUACAACAACAUCACCUCGAACCCGACAUCUCGAUAAUCGACUGCAGUGGCAAAAUCCUCAUUCCAGGGCUCGUCAAUACGCACGCUCACCUCGCGCAGUCGCUGCUGCGCGGGCUGGCCGAGGACCUGCCGCUGCAUAAUUGGCUGUGCGACGCGAUUUGGCCGCUGGAAGCGAAUUACGCGGAAGACGAUGGCUAUGUGGCGGCUGUACUGACGGUUGCCGAGAUGCUGAGGACCGGCACAACGUGUUUCCUCGAGGCCAUGCUGACGCAUCGGAGUGGGCUGGAGAAUGGCAAACUGAUCAAGGCCGCAGAGUCAAAUCCAGAUCUAAAUAUCAAAGACGCGCGAGAUCGCGAUGUAGACUCCAUGUCUGUCGCUGCAGCACUGGCAGCCCAUAAAAAGCACCACGGCACUUGCAACAACCGUCUGCAUGUAUGGUUUGCGGCUGGCACGCCUCGAGGCUCGCCGGUGGCCGCCCACGCAGCGAUUGGCGAAGCAGCGCGCGCACACGAUAUAGGCGUGACGAUGCACUGUGUCGAAGCACCCAAAGAUCUGCCCAUCUACCGCCAGUACUACCAGUGUAGCCCCUUUGAGUUCUGCCGCGACGCCUCGCUGACGGGCCCCAAGAGCGUAUUCGCGCACUGUGUUCAUCCGGAUCCAGCAGCUGGCGACUUUGACAUUCUGCGGGAAACUAAGAGCACUGUCUCGCAUAACCCCACGAGCAAUCUCAAGCUGGGCUCGGGAGUCGCGCCUAUACCGGAUAUGGUCGCGAGCGGCGUGAAUGUAGCUCUCGGAACGGAUGGCGCGCCGUGUAAUAAUACGUACGACAUGUUUCGCGAGAUGCAUCUAGCGUCGAUACUCCAUGGCGGAGUGAGGCAGACGGCGGGUGCGCUGAGCGCAUACGAUGUUUUGGAGUUUGCGACUAUCAACGGGGCGAGAGCGCUGGGGCUGGAGCGUGAUAUUGGUAGUUUGGAGACGGGAAAGAAGGCGGAUAUUGUGGUCGUGGAGCCAAAAGGCGUGUCGAGCGCUCCAUGGAGUGCGGCUGAGCAGGGCACAGGCGGCAUGGACCCAGUGACAGUGUUGGUUCAUUCUUCAGGAGCAGACGUCGACAUGGUCAUGGUGGACGGCCAAGUGCUGGUCCGCAACGGGAAACUGCUGGGCAUCGAUGAGAAUGCUAUCAUGCAGAGGGCCAGGGCUUCGGUAGCAGGCAUACGGCAGAGGAGCGGUGUAGGCGCGAGAAACCACAUGUCGUUGAAGUAUACAUAG